ACAACCCGAGUGUUGUAACGUUUCAGCCUGAAAUCUGCUUAGAUACCCCAGCAGGGCCAUUUGUCCUUUUGGAAUUGGGCAAAUAGUUCAAGGCAGCAGCAAUCAGAACGAGGGCUUCGCAGAGCUACGGCAGAGAGAGGAGAGCCAGGAGGAGACAGAGGCUGAAGACAGUUAAAAUCAGCAUCUAAAUCGGCUCCCAAUUCUUGAUGAAACUCCCAGAGGGAGACUGUUAAAUCAUGAAAUUAAUCGCCAUCCUUUUCCUUUGCUCCAGGCUGCUACCAAGUUUGACCCAGGAGCCCUUCUCAGAAGAAAUUGACUGCAACGACCAGGAUGUAUUUAAGGCUGUGGACAGUGCUCUCAGGAAAUAUAACAGUGAAAACAAAAGUGGCAACCAGUUUGUAUUGUAUCGUGUAACUGAGGUCAGGAAAACGGAUAAUCCUGACACGUUUUAUUCCUUCAAGUACCAAAUCAAGGAGGGCGACUGUCCUGUUCAAAGUGGCAAAACGUGGCAGGAAUGUGACUACAGAGACUCUGCACAAGCUGCCACAGGAGAAUGCACAGUGACAGUGGCAAAGAGAAAGAAUAUGAAGUUCUCCGUGGCUACCCAGACCUGCCAGAUUACUCCAGCCGAGGGCCCUGUGGUGACCACCCAAUAUGACUGUUUUGGCUGCGAACACCCCAUAUCAACCACGAACCCUGAGUUGGAACCCAUUCUGAAACACGCCAUUCAACAUUUUAACAACAAUACUGAUCAUUCGCACCUCUUUGAUCUUGGAGAAGUAAAAAGCGCCUGGAGACAGGUGGUAGCUGGAUGGAACUAUGAAAUUACUUACUCAAUUGUGCAAACUAAUUGUUCCAAGGAGAAUUUUCUGUUCUUAACUCCAGACUGCAAGUCCCUUUCCAAUGCUGAUAUUGGUGAAUGUACAGAUAAAGCACAUGUGGAUCCUCAGCUAAGAAUUGCUUCCUUGUCACAGGAAUGUAACCUUUAUCCAGGGGAGGAUUUUGUACAACCACCUGGCAAGAUUUGCGCUGGCUGCCCCACAGUUAUACCUGUCGACAGCCCAGAGCUGGAGGAGGCUCUGAAUCAUUCUAUUGCAAAGCUUAAUGCAGAGAAUAAUGGAAAUUUCUAUUUCAAGAUUGACUUCGUGGUAAAAGCAACAGCACAGGUGGUGUCCGGAAUGAAAUAUUCUAUUGUGUUCAGAGCCAAAGAAACCACAUGUUCCAAGGAAAGUAAUGAAGAGUUGACCGAAAGUUGUGAGAUCAAUAAACAUGGCCAAACUCUAAAAUGUAAAUCUGACGUUCAUGUGGUACCUUGGGAGAAAAAAAUUUCCCCUACUGUCAACUGUGUAUCACUUGCAAAGACCUCAGUGAUGAAAAGGCCUCCAGGUUUUUCGCCUUUUCGAUCAGUAGGAGUGAAUAAAACCGGAGAAGGAAUAACUGUAAGUCCACCCCAAACUUCCAUGGCACCUGUACAAGAUGAAGAGUGGGAUUCAGGGAAAGAACAAAGACCCACGCUUGGGCAUGGCGGGGGCCAUGAAAAGCGAAUAAAACAUGGCCUUGGCCAUGGCCAUAAACAUGAGCAUGACCAAGGCCCUGAGCACCUAAAGGGUCAUGGCCUUGGCCAUGGACACCAAAGGGGACAUGGCCCAGCCCAUGGACACCAAAGGGGACAUGGCCCAGCCCAUGGACAUCCAAGGGGACAUGGCCCAGCCCAUGGACAACCAAGGGGACAUGGCCCAGCCCAUGGACAUAAACACGGGCAUGGUCAUGGAAAACAUAAAAAUAAAGGAAAGAACAAUGGAAAACACAAUGGUUGGAGACCAGAGCAUCUGGCAAGUUUUUAUGAAGAUAGUACUACCUCUUCUCCACAGACACAAGAGAAGACUGAAGGGCCACCCCUUCCUUCCUUAGCCCAGCCAGGUGUAGCCAUUACCCUUCCUGACUUUCAGGACUCAGAUCUCAUUGCAACUGUGAUGCCUAAUACACCACCACCUCCCACAGCAACUGAUGACGAUGAUUGGAUCCCUGAAAUACAGAUAGAGCCAAAUAGUCUUUCAUUUGAACUCAUUUCGGAUUUUCCAGAAACAACCUCCCCCAAAUGUCCUGGACGCCCCUGGAAGCCAGUUAAUGGAGUGAAUCCAACUGUGGAGAUGAAAGAAUUUCAUGAUUUCAGUCUCUCUGAUGCUGUUUAUUAAUUUACCCAGUCAUGGGUAUUUCUUUAACAUUGCAUCCUGCCCUUUUUCCAUUGUCCAAAUAUCCUGAUAUAAUGCAACAAAAACCAUGAACGUUCAGGACAGCCUAGAGAGAAAUGGUGAGACUCCUGAUGGGGACACCGUCAAUCUCUAGGGAAGACAUAAAACUGCAGAAUUCGAAAUCCUUUCUGAGUCUUCCCCACAAGUUGUCUUAACUAGCACAGAAAACGGUCAGACUAACGUGACCUACUGCACGGCCUACUGCAGUUUGCUUUUCUGAUAAUGAAUGUGUACCUUAAAACGAACGUCAUCCAUUUUCAUAGAAAGAUUCUUGACAUUCUGAAUAAAGUGUGGCAUCUGGUCCUGGAACACAUGUGAAAAUAAACGAAGUCAAGAGAAUGAAUGCUGAACUUCUUAAUGGGGAAAAAAUAAUAAUUAAAACCUCCAGAGGUCACAGAGAGACGACAAAUGAGAAAGACAGAUUCGCCAAAAGGAGGGCAGGGGAAGAACAUUCAUUGGCUUUCUGUUUCCAAAAUGGGCUAAUUAUGGCAAACAGUUACUCCCACUUGACAAAGUUAUUCUGAUAAUUCCCUUUCUGGGUGAGAGGGUUUCUCAAAAGUCAGUGAUUUCUGUUUACUCACUAACUACACUUUGCAACAGGGCUUUCAAAUAGGAGCUUUCUGUUUAUUUGUUGCCAAGGCUCCACUGAGUAAUCCUUAGUUUUUAGCAGCUCUGAGUUUAAUGAUAAGGAUGGAGAGCAGAGGAAGUAAUAGAAAGGCAGGCGGGCUGAAGGGAAUCUUUUUUUGUAAUUGAUAAGGAAAUAUCAUGAGAUGUGAUGCAAAUUUUGCGCAGAAAUUUUCAAAAAUUCCUCUCUGGCCUCACUUUUUAAUCACAUUAUUAUUGGUGUUGUUUUUUGCUACAACACUGAAGAAUACUGACUUUUGCAAAAGAUCAUCUUUCAUUGCCUUCCAAUGUGAGGGGAGCAUCUACUGUAUAACCCUUGCUGCGCUUUUGCCUGGGGAACAAGACAGGGCUUUAGACAGCUACACGCACCUGUAGAUGCAUGUGUCACUGCUGCUUCAAUUUAUUGGAUGCAUUUGAGCCUCUGAGUUUUCCUUUCUUUUCAAAUAUUAUCUGUACUUUCAAAUAAAGAACCAGUGAUGUCAGGAAGAA